AUGGUCCACCAGAUCGAUUUUCAGCUGGAGCGCGAUGUCCCAGAACUAAGUGGCAAAGUGUUGCUUGUUACCGGAGGGACAAAGGGUCUGGGUGCUGGGGCGGUAUCUCUUCUUGCUAAGCGCAAGCCCGCCAAGAUCUAUAUCACCGGACGGAACAAGGCAGCUGCGCAGAAACUUAUCAACCAAGCUCAGGAAGAUGGCUCACAGUCCGAGAUAAUUUUCCUCGCGUGCGAUCAAACCAGCCUUGCGUCAGUUCAGCAGGCAGCUGACGCCUUUCUAGCCAAAGAAUCGCGUCUCGACGUGCUGAUGGCAAACGCGGGUAUUAUGGCCGCUCCUCCUGGGCUGACAAAAGACGGAUACGAGAUGCAUUUUGGAGUUAAUCAUAUGGCCCACGCUCUCUUGAUAGAGAGGCUUCUUCCUGUACUAGAAGAAACUGCUAAUUCCCAUGGGGACGCUCGUGUAAUCAUGAUGUCAAGCGUCGGAUUCGUUCUUGCUCCAUUCUUCCAAGGUAUUGUUUUCGAAGACCUAAAAACUGAACAGGACUAUAUGUUCCUGGGCCCGUUACAGCGAUAUGGUCAAAGCAAGCUUGCGAAUAUGCUCUAUGGACGAGAGCUAGCCCGUCGCUACCCCAAGGUUACAACGAUUGUGAUCCAUCCGGGCGAGGUCAAGACUUCAUUAGUUCUAAACUUAUCGGGCAUCAGUAAGUAUGUUGUUUAUCUUGGUACAUACCUCAAGGAUCUUCCAUUUAGCCUGGGGCAAUUCUUGUCGGUUGAACAGGGUCCUUGGAAUCAGGUUUGGGCCGUUGGAGUACCCAAAGACACUGUUGCGGCCGGUGAAGUAUAUGAGCCAGUGGGUAUAGCAAUGACGGCCUAUUCCUCCUUUCGCUUGAAUGACAAGCUUGCUGCGAGGCUUUGGAGUUGGACCGAGGGAGAACUGAAGAAAUGGAGCGAUUCAUAA